AUGACUGGAGUCGACCUCGUCGCGCGGGUCGAGCAGCUCGAAGUGGCGCAGCAGCAGCAACACGUGCGUAUGCAGGUGCUGCAGGAGAAGACGGACGCCGCCAAGCCUGCGACUGAGACGUUCUACCUCACGACGGCCAUCCACUACACGAAUGGUCUGCCGCACAUGGGUCACGCCUACGAGAACGUGUGCUCCGACGUCAUUUCGCGCUACCACCGCGUGUUUGGACGGGACGUGUACUUUCUCACGGGCACGGACGAGCACGGGCAGAAGAUUGCGCAAACAGCUGACGCCGCAGGUGUCACGCCCCAGGAGCUCGUGGACAAGUACGCGGCGAUUUUCCAGCAGCUCACGACUGAUCUCGACAUGAGCAACAACAAUUUCGUCCGCACGACGAGCGACGAGCACAAGAAGUUUGCUCGGUGGCUCUUCCAGCGGGCCCUUGAGAGGGGUGACGUGUACCUUGGUAACUACGAGGGGUGGUACAAUGUGCGUGAGGAGACGUUCGUCACGGAGACGGAAGCCCAGCUUACCGACUAUAAGGAUCCGACAACGGGCACGCCGUUCAAGAAAAUGCAAGAACAGUCGUACUUUUUCAAGAUGUCAAAGUACCAAGAUCGACUUGUGAAGCAUAUUACCGAGAAUCCCGAAUUUCUCCAGCCUGAAGUUCGUCGUCAGGAACUGCUGCGUCGCCUCAAGGAACCGCUGCAGGACUUGUCGGCCUCGCGUAACACGUUUACGCACGGUAUUUCGCUGCUUAACGAUCCCAAGCACGUUCUCUACGUGUGGUUUGACGCACUGGCGAACUACCUGUCGGCCAUCGGCUACCCAGAUGGCCCUGAUGCUCGCUACUGGCCCGCAAACGUGCACAUUAUCGGCAAGGACAUUACGUGGUUCCAUUGUGUUAUCUGGCCAUGUAUUUUAAUGAGCACGGAUAUUCCAUUGCCAAAACGAGUAUUCGCGCAUGGAUUUGUGAACGCCAAAGACGGUUCCAAGAUGAGCAAGAGUAUUGGCAAUGUCGUUGACCCGUAUGAGAUGAUUAACAAGUACGGACUGGAUUCGUUCCGCUAUUUCAUCGUGCGCUCGGCGAAGUUUGGCCAGGACAUGCCCUUCUCCGAAGACGAUCUCAUCAACAUCCACAACUCAGAGCUUGCAGACACUUUGGGCAACCUGGUUCACCGUACGGUUAACAUCUGUAAGAAGUAUUCGAGUGGCGUUGUGCCUGAUGCCAAGGCAGACAAGUUAUUUAACGUCUACGAGCUGCUGAAAUACUCGGAGGAUUCAUACAAGGAGUUUUCGCUGCAAAACGCUUGUAUAGCGAUUGUGAAUGCGCUGAAGGAUACAAACAAGUACUUGACUGAAAAGGAGCCGUGGCAUAUGAAGGAGAACGAGCCACGUCUCGUUGUUGUGCGUACGUGUCUCGAAUCUAUCUACGUGCUGGCUCACUACUUGAGUCCCAUUAUCCCAAAAACGACUGAAGCAAUUUUCGAGAAGCUUAACACGGUGCCCACUACGCUGACUGCGCUAUCCCCGAACUACGACAACCUGAAACCUGAUACUGAGGUGUCGAUUGGUGAUAUCUUGUUCGGCAAGAUUUUGACUGCAGACGAAAAGUUGAGGCAAAGUGAGGCUGCGGCGACAAAGGCUAAGCCCGUGAAUGUCAAGCCUGCAAAGGCCGCCACACCGCUCUUCGCCUCGCUUGACAUUCGCGUUGGUGUGAUCUCCAAGGUAUGGAAGCACCCUGAUUCGGAGAAGCUGUAUUGCGAGGAGAUUGACAUUGGUGAGGAGGAGCCCAAGCAGAUUGCUUCCGGUCUGCAGGCCUUCUACUCUCUGGAGGAGAUGGAGAAUCGCAAGGUGCUGGUACUGCUGAAUUUGAAGCCAGCCAAGCUGGGUGGCUUCAAGUCACACGGUAUGGUGCUGUGUGCGUGCGAUGAGGCUCAUGCGAAUGUGCAGCUUGUGGAACCUUCGGCUGACUCUAAGCCAGGUGAGCGAGUGACGGUAGCUUCAGAGAGUGGAGAACCACUUUCGGCAGCACAGAUCAAGAAGCAGAAGGUGUUGGAGAAGGUCUUGCCAGACUUUCUCACCAACGACGAGUGUGUGGCGACGUACAAGGGCGAGCCGAUCAUGACCUCGGCUGGUCCGUGCGCAGUCAAGUCGUUAGCUAAGGCGUUUAUCAGCUAG